CUCCAAAAAAAUGCACGACGCCGGAACGGAGCCGGGUGGUUCAGGGAUUAGCCAAUCACGUGUCUUUCCUAGAAGUGACGUCGCCAAUGAAUUUAAGGCCAGCUGUCUCAGCAUUUCGCAGCCAAAAGCUCCUUAACUAUCGAAACUGUCAAGCUCAUCAAACCGGCUCACCAGCACAGAGAGCAAAAAAAUGUCCUUCGAGGCCCUACAAGAGCGCCUCGCCGCCCUCCAGGACACCACGGCACAGCUGAGGGAGCUCAUCGACCGGCUCGCCAACCUCGAGUUCCAGCCUGGCUCGGUGCCGCUGGGCGGCGAUGACGAGGACAACGUCGCCGCAGAGCUGAGCACGGAGAUCAACCAGGUCCUGCGGGAGGAGGAGGAAGACCUGGAACUCUUGCGCGAGGAGGUCACGGAUCUGAGGUCCGGGAGGUCGGGCAGCGAGGCGGAGCACGCCAAGGCCAGGUUAAAGGACGGCGCCGCGAGGCUGGACCAGGAGCUGAGGAGCUGCCGCGUCACCUUCCGCAAAGCCCAACUCUCGGCCCGCACCUCCCUCCAACGAGCCCAGCGCCUCGAGCGCGAGCUCCUCCUGGCCUCGUACUCUGCCAGCGCGGCCUCGACGCCCCUGGACAACCGCUCCGGCGCGUCGUCGCCGGGCCCACACCCCCCCUCCUCGUCUCCCCCAGCCGCCCACCACCACCACCACCACAACAACCACCACCAGCAACUCUUCCCAUCCAGCUACCGCCGGCGCCGCCAGCACAAGGCCGCAGGUGGUGGCGGCGACGACGACGACGGCGUCGUGGGGGCCAGCACAGACGUGACGGCGGCGCUGCGGCGGACGCACGACCAGAUCGCGGCGGAGUUGUCGCGGUCGGCGUUCGCGCGGCGGACGCUGGCGGACAGCACGGCGGCGCUCGGGUCGCUGCGCGAGGGGUACGAGGGCCUGUCGGGCCUGCUGGCGUCGUCGCGCGAGCUAGCCGGGGCGCUGCUGACCAGCGCCAAGAGCGACACGUGGUACCUCGAGACGAGCGUCGCGCUGCUGCUCGCGACGCUGGCGUGGCUCGUCUUUCGGAGGUGGCUCUAUGGGCCGCUCUGGUGGGUGGUCUGGUUGCCUGCGCGGACGGUGUGGAGGACUGGGGGGAGGGUGGCGGUGUGGGGUGGCGGGAGGGAGGAGAGCGCCGUGGGGACUGGGGCGGGGGAGAUGCGCGUGGAGGUGGAGGGGGAUGCCGGGGCGGGGCCUGGGGCGGUCCCUACGCUGAGGGUGGGCGGGGAAGAAAGGAAAGGCGUCCCGGCCGAUCCGGACUCGAUGGUCGAGAAGGUUGGGAGGAUUGUCGAGGGUGCUGGGGAGGGGAGGGCCGAGGAGCGGCACGAUGGCGGUGCUGAUAACUCGAGCGGGCAUGACGAGCCUAAUCCCAAGAAGAGGAUGUGGGAGGAGGAGAAGGAGACGGCCGGGGAGGCGGACAUGGCUAGGGAUGAGCUGUAG